GAUCACUGGGUCUAGAACAGGAAGCCGAAUUUCGGCUCCUGAUCUGUAGAUACUGCGCUCACUGAGCUCUGUGUAUACAGCGGUCUCCCAGCUCCUGAUCUGUACAUACUGCACUCGCUGAGCUCUGUGUAUACAGCGGGCUCCCUGCUCCUGAUCUGUAGAUACUGCCCUCACUGAGCUCUGUGUAUACAGCGGUCUCCCAGCUCCUGAUCUGUACAUACUGCACUCGCUGAGCUCUGUGUAUACAGCGGGCUCUCUGCUCCUGAUCUGUAGAUACUGCGCGCACUGAGCUCUGUGUAUACAACGGGCUCCCUGCUCCUGAUCUGUAUAUACUGCGCUCACUGAGCUCUGUGUAUACAGUGGGCUCCCUGCACAUCUACAUUCGCUGAGCUCUGUGUAUACAGCGGUCUCCCAGCUCCUGAUCUGUACAUACUGCACUCGCUGAGCUCUGUGUAUACAGCGGGCUCUCUGCUCCUGAUCUGUACAUACUGCGCUCACUGAGCUCUGUGUAUACAACGGGCUCCCUGCUCCUGAUCUGUAUAUACUGCGCUCACUGAGCUCUGUGUAUACAACGGGCUCCCUGCUCCUGAUCUGUAUAUACUGCGCUCACUGAGCUCUGUGUAUACAGUGGGCUCCCUGCACAUCUACAUUCGCUGAGCUCUGUGUAUACAGCGGGCUCCCUACUCCUGAUCUGUAGAUACUGCCCUCACUGAGAUCGUGUAUACAGUGGGCUCCCUGCUCCUGAUCUGUAGAUACUGCGCUCACUGAGCUCUGUGUAUACAGCGGGUUCCCUGCUCCUGAUCUGUAGAUACUGCGCGCACUGAGCUCUGUGUAUACAGCGGUCUCCCAGCUCCUGAUCUGUACAUACUGCCCUCACUGAGCUCUGUGUAUACAACGGGCUCCCUGCUCCUGAUCUGUAGAUACUGCGCGCACUGAGCUUUGUGUAUACAGCAGGCUCCCUGCUCCUGAUCUGUAGAUACUGCGCGCACUGAGCUCUGUGUAUACAACGGGCUCCCUGCUCCUGAUCUGUAGAUACUGCGCUCACUGAGCUCUGUGUAUACAGUGGGCUCCCUGCUCCUGAUCUGUAGAUACUGCGCUCACUGAGCUCUGUGUAUACAGUGGGCUCCCUGCACAGCUACACUCGCUGAGCUCUGUGUAUACAGCGGGCUCCCUGCUCCUGAUCUGUAGAUACUGCCCUCACUGAGCUCUGUGUAUACAGCGGGCUCCCUGCUCCUGAUCUGUAGAUACUACCCUCACUGAGAUCUGUGUAUACAACGGGCUCCCUGCUCCUGAUCUGUAGAUACUACCCUCACUGAGCUCUGUGUAUACAGCAUGCACAAGGAGGUUCAGGAACAUUAGGGUGCGACCACACUGCGUGCUCAUGGGGCGCUUGCAAUGAGACUGUGCUGCAUUCAUGCACGGCUCUAAUUAGACUAAUGAGUUUUGAUAAUGGCCAUGUGGUAGAACACGGUAAGUGCCACACGACGGCUCAAUGUGGUCGUACCCUAAUAUGCUGACCGCCUGGAUGAUUAAAGUCUAUGUCUGGCCGGCAAGUGGUCAUAAAAAGGGCCUUUUAUAUCAGUCCAUCUAUAAGUUGCUUUAAAGGGAACCUGUCACCGUCUGGACCAUGCCCUCACGAUGAAAUCGGCAUAUGUCAUUUAGCUGCUAUGGUCACUGUCAGAACUUUUUGGUCACGUCCAACUUCAGGGCACAAACUGCUUCUGUUUCCAAUGGCAACCAGCAUUUAGUGGAGCGUGGACUUGACAGAGACAUCACAAGGUGCCUGGACCAAGCGGCCAUACAUUAUGUGGGUGAUCUGCUCCUGUUCUGUGCUUAGACCAGCACCUGGUUGUAGCUCACCAUCACUGGGGGAAAUCACACUGUGUGAACAGGGGCCUAAGGGGUGUGGAUUUCAAGGGAUUCAUGGUGGGCUCAUCUACUGAAGUUCACCACUUCAUUUGAGGUGGCAGGACCAGCAAAGAAAGGUAGUGGGCGGGGCGAGGUGCAGAUAAGGAGGGGGAGGAAUUGUGGGAGAAAAUGGAGCCCUGGGGGCAGGUAACGUCUUCAGGUGGCUGCUGUGAGUGACGAGCGAAGGGCAGAGGGAGGAGCAGCAUGGAGCUGGCCGCAGAUGAUGGAGCACCGGCCAUGCACGCUCAGCACACAGGAUGCAGAGGCGUCUCCUGCUCCCGCCAUUUCUCAGCCCAGGCCCGCUCCUCGGCUUCCUCUAGACCGCGCGCUGAGCCGCCCCUUCCUCCUGUCCGUCGGUGUGCCCGCAGCCUGAGGCCGCCAGGGGCUAUGGCAAAGUUCCUGCAAGCCCGCAGAAGACCAGGAAAACAGAAGAAGCCAAAACAAUGGACAUUAAGAAAGACAAGAGCGCCCAGUGUUAAUGCUGUGGUAACAGAACAGACAAAGGCAAAGCAACCAUGGUAUUUUAGUCUGGUCCAUUUUUUAUGGCUUAGAUUGUCCAGUAUUAGAUAUGUAGUGAGUUCCGUCGUGGAAGCCUUCAUAUCAUUAUGCUUGUGGAGCCAUAACAGUGUGAAAAAGCGAUUUAUUUUUGUAAAAAAUAUCAUUGCUCCACCUUUAACCUACCAUCUUCAACAACGCACAUUGAAACGACGCUUACAUAAACUUGAAGUGGAGUUUCUAAAGAUGCAGCUAACACUUCAGACUAAAGACACCAAAUCAAGUGUAUCGGGGAGUGUCUGCUGCUGUAGUUGUCAGCAAGCCAAGACCCUACCUUCUAUAAAAGAGUCUAAGGUGGAAGCAGCAGGAGCAGGUCUCUUGCCUUCUCUACCACCGCCUCCUCCUCCACCCCCGCCUCCUCCUCCUCCUCCACCACCAGGUCCACCACCGAGCUUUCCACUUGAAAAACGUCUGCCACUGUUGAAGAAAGUGCCAAGCACUCAACCACCAAAGGCACCAUUGGUAAAGCAAGAAGGUCCCAUUCAGAUAACCCUGAACGAUCUUCUGAAUGUCAAAUUGAGAAAGACCAAAGACAGCAUAGACAGACAAAAAAAGAUAUUAAACAGAAGCCUUUUUUCUCCACUGAUCACUGUAUCACAACUGGACGGUGUUAAACUGAAGAUGGCUUCCAGAAUGCCACCAAGGCGUCUCACAAAUGUUUCUAAAGAGAAGCUUCAUAGCCCACAGGAUGUCAGGCAACGUCUUAGAAAGGUCCACAUGGAAAGGAGUCCAGGAGGAACCCCGUUUUACGACGGAGAAAACAAAGAGAAUGGAACUGGAGUAAAGAUUUUAAGGCGGAAAUUCCAGCUCGCUCACCCAAAAAGUCCAUCACCGCUGAAGAGGUCUCCAGUAAAUCAUGGUCUUGAUUAAGCACGCUGGUAGUACAGUCGUAAAUGGAGUCUGUAGUACCACGCCACUGUGUAGACAUCUAAAUGAUUAAGUCAAAAUAAAGUGCAUAAUUGUUUUCCCAACUUUUUAGAAUGACACGUUGUCUCACCACAGACAUUGGUGGCAUGUCUCUAGAAUAUGCCACUAAUAUAAUUUGGUGCGUGUCCCACCUAUGGGACCCGCUCCUGUUUCCAGAACAGGACCCCUGAAGUGAAAAGAGGGCAGCCGCGCACACAUGGCCACCCACCCUUCAUUUCUAUCGGAGUUCUGAAAAGAGCCACGUGCUGGCUCUGCUAUCUCCAGCAGUCCCAAGGUGGUGAAUGGAGCAGUGGCUAUGCAUGAGCAGUGCACUAUCCAUCCAUUUCUAUGGAAUUUCCGAAAUAGCUGGCUAUUUUUGGAACUCCCAUAGAAAUUAAUGGAGUGCAUGAACGUUGUGCUCGCCUUCAUUUUCGGGAGCCCGUUCUGGAGAUGGGUGCAGGUCCCAACUCUGGGAUUCUCUCUCUCCUAUCUGACAUUGGUGGCAUAUCCCAUUGAUAUGAGAUGAUAAAAACGACUUUAAGCUGGAAAUAUGAUUGGAAGAAACCACUGAUUUAUGUGACACCAUGUUUGAUUUACUCUGUUCUGCUUGUGCAGAUGAGCAGGUUGGUGUUUUUGUUUUUUUAUAAAUUGACUAAGUUAUUUAGGUGAUGUAUUGCAUGUAGCGGUAUAAUGGAGCUGGCUCUCCGUUACGUACUGUAAUCAUCUUCAGUGCACAUCAUCAUCAUCCAUUACUGUGCAUUAAAGGAUGACUUUUCUGUUAUACAUCAGUUAGUUUUAUAAAAGAUACACAGCAAAUGACAAGGAUUUUAAUUUGGUACAAGUAAUCCAACAAAACUUAUAUUUCUAUUUUAACAAAUAAAUGCACAGAUUGUUUGUUUCAGACCCUGCUGUGAUGAACUGAUAGCAAAUACUGGUGGGGACGUUGUUCUUAAUGUACAAGCUUCUGUGUUUUUAUGUUCAUUUUAUCUGUGCCGUAUUUCUUUGUUGUUUGACAGUGUGAAUGUAAAAUACCACAAUGGUGUUCUUCUGCCACCCUUUAGAAAUGGGCACUUUAUGUUUGGCUGCCCUAUCAUGGUGCAAUACGGAUAUUAAAUCUAAUACUUGACAACAGCCUUUUUUUUUUUUUUUUUUUUUUUUUUUUUUU